UUGAAGGACCGCCAGAGACUCCGCAAGUCCUGGCUGGAGAUCAAGACACUGUUGAACACCCUCGUGUGGCGUCUCUGCAGCAGUGAAGGAGAGAUGGAUGACAGUUUCCAGCGGGCCUCUCUCUAUCCUACCACACUACUGGUUCCUGGGUUGCCUGCAAACUGCCCCCUGCUAGCCAGCUGGAGUGGACCCCAACGUUUGGUCCUCUUCCCCCGCCCCACAGAGGGGGCGAGGCAGUGGGCGGGGCUAGCCCAAGUGAGCUGGGAUGCCGCCCAGUGGAACAGCAUAACUCGCCGUCUUGCAAACCAGAGUCACGGUACCAAUCAUUGCGUUGUCCUCUCAACAUUUGUCCUCUCCAUUUCAUCAGGGUACUUCCUGUCUCUCCACGAGGCAGGGAGAGAGGGAGAGGGGCAGUCGCUGCAGGGUUCCGACAUCCUUCUCUACAGCCGCUACUUCCGCUCCGCCCUCCAUGAGUGUGUCCUGGGGCUGAGGGGGCGGGGCAGCUCCUCCUGGGAGCACGAGAGGCAGGCGCAGGUCUUCUCAACCAUGGCUCUUGUCUGGCAUCUUGUGGAGAUACUCUUCAUUGAGGUGUUGCCCGCAGGGUGCCUGGUGAAGCAGCUGGUGGAGUGGGUUACCUGGGCCGGCCAGGAGAGAGACAAAAAGAGACUGAAGGAAAUCCUUGGCCACACCCCUCCAGACAGUCACCAUGGUUACUGGAGGAUGGUGUAUCGACUGGUGCUGACUGGGAGACUGUCAGAGGCCCGCAAUCUCCUCGCUCACCACUCCGCCUUCUCUGCCAGGGAAGAUGUGAGUCACAACUGUUCUCGAGUGUGGACCAGUUGCUGGGGAAGGCUCCGAUGGUCCGACCCACCUCCUCCCUCACCAGAGGAGAGCAGCAACGGCUGGCAGCAGUGGAGGAGAGAGGUGACAGCACGAAGAGAGGCUGGAGCCUUCCUCUCUCUCCGCCAACUUCAACUUCUCUCCAGAUGCGCAUUUGUUAAUACUCAUUUAUUUCCUCAGGUGUUGAGUGGUGAAGAGGAGGUCUUCAGUGAGCCAGAGAUAGUGGGUAGUUGUGAGUCUUGGUAUGAACUAAUGGUGGCCAGGGUUCUCUUCACCACUCCUCUGGUUAUGUCAUCUGACUAUGAUCUCGUCUACUCCGCUGAGGCAGCCAUGAAGACGUUUGGAGUGGUAAGUCCGGAGCCACUGGACUCUCUCCUGCUGGCAGCUCUGAAACACAGUCCUCUGGAGGUGGUGUAUGGGGCAAAGUUGGCUGAGUUUCUGAUCAUUGAGUAUGCCUCCAGUCUUCUGGCUCACCCCAGUCUCUGGCAGGUGGCCAUGGACUACCUCAGUGAGUGUCCCACACAAGGAAGACACCACAUGGUCCUCCAUCUAGAGAGAAUUCCUCUCACUUCGGCCAGGAAGGCUGCCAAGGUCCUGCAGCUCUGUAGAAAGUUUCAACUCAAGGAAUUAGAGGAGAGCGUGUGUCGAGUGAUGGCAAUGAAGGAGCUGAGGUCAGGAAGACUGGGAGCUGCCUUCUCGUGGUGUCUCCAGUCACAAGACUCGGUCUUUGCCGCAUUCCUCGCUGAGAGGUAUUUCACCAGCUACCAGACAUUGGGGGAAUUCAUGGACCUUGACCUGCUGGACAACCUCGGUGCCGCCAUGCUCAUUAGCAAGAAACUCACUUUCCUCGGCAAGUACCGCGAGUUCCACCAGUUGUUUGCUGACGGUGAGUUCAGACCGGCAGGCCAGCUGCUUGUCUCUCUCCUCACGUCUGGAGUGGUCCCCAAGAGGUUUUGGCUCACUCUACUGAUGGACUCCCUCCCUCUACUCAACCUCAAAGAUGAGAUUGUGUUCUCAUCAGAAGACACAGUGGCUCUCUCUCACUGCCUCCAGCAACUCACCUCCUCACACUCCAGAAUUGACCAAUCACAAUCCACCUCCAAGUCACAUGACUCAGAGAAGGCCCCGCCCCCUGAUCAGAGCAGCAAACUCUCCCUCCUACGUGUAGCUCUUUGUCGAAACCUUGCCUUGGCCACUCUGCAGGAGGCUGAACUAUCUUAACCCUCUCUCUUUGUGACUCAGUUUUCCUGCCAUUUUGUUUCUCCACUUAUACCAUGUCAUGUCAUAAAAAUGAUGAACAUAAAACUGAAGUGAUGUACUAUAAUUGCGACUAUGCAAUGAUGAUGUCAUCUAUAAGGAUGAGUGUUGUAGGGGGUGUGGUCACCCUGAUCAGUGAUGUAGAGAGUCAGAGGUGUGGUCUUGGUCAUGAGGUCAAGGUCCGACUGGUCCACAAUCUCUAUCAGAUCUCCGUCAAUGUCUCUGUAGUUGAGUACAAUGUCCCUCCUACCAAGGUGGUCCCUGGUAGGGAAGACAAACACCAAGGUGCAAUGGCACCCAUGAUACAAAAUCAUGCUGCCAUCCAACAACAAAGAGUACUCUCACCCUCGGCGCGCAUGCGCGGCGAGGGUUAGUCGUCGUGUACGUGUGUGUCUGUCUGUGUACGUGUGUAUACGACUAUUCUCGCACUACAGGCUAUACGACUAUUCUCGCACUACAGGCUACGAGGCGGAUUAUGAGCGAUAUCAACAGCUUUA